AUGUGGUUCAGCGGCUGGCUCUGCGGCAGCUGUACGAGACCAUGUUGUCAAGGAUGUACGAGGCCCUGUUGUCAAGGAACACUUGUUCAACACGAGAAGAACUGCAUGGUUGGGCUUGUCGAGGACUUCGGCAAGGCAGAAAACCCUCCGGGGGAGACGGAGGUCGAUUCGAGCUUCUGGAACGAUUUGGAGGGCUAUUGGUAUAGAGAGAAAGACAAUUCCUGCCUUGGUGAGAUUCGCGGCGGCAGCAUCAUCUGGGACAUUCAAUGGAAAACGGCCCACGAGGAAACCCCUCUCUACCCCAUGUCGUCGGAUUCAGUCUGGUUUGAACGUAACGAUCGGGUCGAACUGGGCAAGAUUCAGCGGCAAGCGCAGACGAGGAUCUGCUGGAGCGAUGGCGACAUCUGGCUUCGGAAAUGA